AUCACAGGAGUACAUAGCACAGUCCAUCGAACCUAGAAAACACCUCUGAUUUCCGGUAGGAGCACUUCAUGGAGAUGAAGGAAAUGGACAGCAAAAAACCUUAUUUGGUUGUUAUGACUGUCCAAGCGAUCUAUGCGGGCAUGUUCUUGCUCUCGAAAGCUGCGUUCGACGGUGGCAUGAACAACUUUGUCUUCGUCUUCUACAGACAGGCCGCUGCCACCAUUUUCCUGGCCCCUUUUGCCUUCUGUUUCGAAUGGAAAACCGCUCCUUCCUUAUCGUUCGUGACUUGCUGCAAGAUAUUUCUAAUUUCCUUACUAGGGAUCACUGCAAGCUUGGACAUCUAUGGCGUAGCCCUUGUGUACACGUCGGCAACUUUGGCGGCUGCGACGACAAACUGUUUGCCUGCCAUAACCUUCUUCUUGGCAGUUUUGCUCAGGAUGGAAACGUUGAGACUGAGGACAGCCUCAGGAUUGGCAAAGCUUGCUGGUGUGAUUGUGUGCCUGGGAGGAGCAGCUACCUUGGCCUUGUACAAGGGUCCACAAAUCAAACUCUGGUGCCAUCAGUUUGCGCUUCAUGGGCAUUACAACAUUAAUAGCCGGCCCCAUGCAUCUUCUGGCAUAGUUUGGGUCAAGGGUUGCUUCCUCAUGCUCUCUUCCAAUUUCUGCUGGGCUCUGUGGCUUGUUUUGCAGGGGCGGAUAAUGAAGAGUUACCCGUCGAAGCUGAUGCUCACGACGCUGCAAUGUUUCAUGAGCUCGAUCCAAUCACUUAUCAUUGCCAUUCCUUUGGCGAGAGACCCGUCUCAAUGGAGACUGGGGUGGAACGUCCGCCUCCUCGCCGUGGCUUAUUGUGGAAUAGUGGUAACUGGGUUGACAUACUAUCUACAAGCUUGGGUCAUUGAGAAGAGGGGGCCAGUUUUCCUAGCCAUGUCUACACCACUGGCUCUCGUGAUCACUAUUCUCUUUUCUACAUUUCUCCUGUGUGAGACCCUCACUUUUGGAAGUAUUCUUGGUGGGGUUUUGCUGGUUGGAGGACUGUACGGUGUUUUGUGGGGGAAAAGCAGGGAACAAAGGCUGGACCAGGGAAGUUGCAAGCCUCGUGAGGUUGACCAAGAAUGCCCACAAUUCAAACAAGAUGAGGCUUCUCAUAAAUCACCAGACAUACUUGUCUGAAUCUCUCAUUCUGGGA